CCACUCAACACAGCAACUCGGCAUCGUCACUCACAGGGACUUCACUUCUGUGCCUUUGGAAAAUGCUAUCCGCACUGCAAUCUCCUCCUCGCUCUCUCUCUCGCUCUCCCCUCUUCCAUUCCUCAAAACCCUUCUUCUUCCAUUCUUCUUCUCAUGUUUUCCCCAAUGCUUCUCUCACCGACCAAUCUACCACCACCACUGCUUCUUCAACCUCCUCAUCCCCACAAUCCCAAAUCCUCACCACGCGCCACUCCCUCCUCUCCCGCCACGUCACCGCCACGGAGGUCGCCGACUCCUAUCUAGCUCGCCUACGACUCACCGAGCCCCAACUCAAUUCUUUCCUCCACGUGUCAGAUUCGGUUCUCCGAGAAGCACAGGACUUGGAUAGGAAAAUCGCCAGCAAUGAGGAAGUUGGCCCCUUGGCUGGGGUGCUUGUUGGGGUUAAGGAUAAUCUUUGUACGGCGGAUAUGCCUUCUACCGGUGGGUCCCGCAUUCUCGAGGGGUACCGGCCACCGUUCGAUGCUACGGCGGUGAAGAGAGUGAAGGACCUGGGAGGCAUUGUCGUCGGAAAGACCAAUAUGGAUGAGUUCGGUAUGGGUAGCACCACUGAAGGCUCUGCGUUUCAGGUGACCGCCAACCCAUGGGAUAUUUCUAGGGUGCCAGGAGGAUCAUCGGGAGGCUCAGCAGCUGCGGUUUCUGCCAGGCAGUGCAUGCUAUCACUGGGAAGUGAUACUGGUGGAAGCGUGAGGCAGCCAGCAUCAUUUUGUGGAGUUGUAGGAUUGAAACCAACAUAUGGGCGUGUCUCACGAUUUGGACUUAUGGCAUAUGCAUCAUCACUUGAUGUGGUUGGUUGUUUCGGUUCUUCAGUUGCAGAUACUGGGAUUCUCCUUCAUGCAAUUGCUGGUCAUGAUAGGUUUGACGCUACUACAAGUAAGCAAGAUGUACCGGAGUUUGUAUCUCAAUUUGUCUCAGCAAGUUCCUUGGAAAGUAAGCCCUUGAAGGGACUGAGAAUUGGUCUGAUUCGGGAAACUCUUGAAGAUGGGGUUGAAACUGGAGUAGUUUCUGCAAUUCGUGCUGCUGCUUUGCAUUUUGAGGAAUUAGGAUGCUCUGUGAAUGAGGUCUCACUGCCAUCCUUUUCCCUUGGGUUGCCAGCCUACUACAUCCUUGCCUUAUCAGAAUCAUCUUCUAACUUGUCUCGCUAUGAUGGCAUUAGAUAUGGAAAACAAGUUUUUGCUGAUGAGUUGAACUCUCUUUAUGGAGAUUCCCGUGCUGAAGGGUUUGGUUCUGAGGUCAAAAUGAGAAUUUUGAUGGGAACGUAUGCCCUUUCAGCUGGAUAUUAUGAUGCAUAUUACAAGCGUGCACAGCAGGUCAGGACCAUAAUUAGGAAUAGCUUCAAGGAGGCGUUAAAUCAAAAUGAUGUCCUAAUUUCACCUGCAACUCCAUCACCUGCUUAUAAGAUUGGUGAAAAGAAAAAUGAUCCUUUGGCAAUGUAUGCUGGUGACAUCAUGACUGUAAAUGUUAACCUAGCUGGACUACCUGCUCUGGUUUUGCCAUGUGGAUUUGUUGCGGGGGGGAAUGCGGGCCUUCCUGUUGGUCUGCAAAUGAUAGGCUCAGCAUUUUGUGAGGGAGAGCUGCUGAGAGUAGGACAUAUCUUUGAGCAAACUCUUGAACAUUGUAACUUUGUUCCACCAAUUAUAGCUGAUAACACUGCAUACUGAGUACAAAGGGUUAUCCUACUUUUGAUAUUCUUUGAAUCGUUUCGUUGAUCUAUAGACAAAUCAAUGGCUGCAACAGAUUUUUUUCCAAAGCAAGUUGUUAUAUGGCGGUGAACUUGAAAUUAUAGCUCUCGAGGAAGAAUUGAUUCUGACACAAUACAAGAUGUUUCUGUCACAUGACUGGGAAUAGAUUUGAGUACUGGAAUUUACUGAGUAGUUGAGUUGGAUUUUUUAAGUGCCCACAACGUCGUGAAAAGUUUUUAAACGGAGCAGGCAGUUCCACUUGCAAUGUCAUGCCAGUAUGUGGUUAGCAGUAUUUCAUCUAAUAUUUUGUUGGAUUGGUUGGAUUCUUGGGUAUUUAAUGAUAAGGUGUAAAGGGGGUGAUGCCACGUGGCACGUGCUAGUACGGUAGUUCCAAACAAAACAGCUUGGCUUCUUAAUUGGCAGUGUGCCUUUUAUGAUUUGCCCUCUAUUAGGGCUUGUCAGGUUUAUUGACGGAAAUGAGAAGCAAAAGAAAAGGAAAAAAAAAAUUAUGAAUGUUGUAA